AUCGAUUAGUCUCCGGACAAAAUACAACAAAUCUACAAGCUUUAUGAUCCAUUUCAGUCUUUGGCUUACUGGUAAGCAAUGGAUACUGCUCUCCGUUUUCGUUAAAUGUUACAGAAAAUAAAAGAUGUUCUAAUCAUAUACUUGCAUUAUUCUAUGUCUUGAUUACCUUUGGGAUUGUACUUGUCAACGGUUAUGAAACAAAGCUUGGAAAGACAUUAAGCGAGUUAUUACCAUUAGAAUAUCACUAUGUCACGAAAAAAUAUGAAAAGAAGAAAUAUUAAGGUACGUCACAUUGUAGAAAUAAUAUAUAUACUGCUCUACAUCUAUUUAUUUUCAUUUUUUAGCUUAUAAAUUUAUUAUUUCUAGAGACCAAAAUUGUUACUAAAAUCACAUAAGUUCAAGAAAAAAAUGCUUUAAAGUAAAAUUCACUAAAUCGUGAAUUACCUUCGUUGCCGAGAAGGGCGUUGAAAGAAUCAUUUCUAAAUCACAAGAAGAAAAGACAUAAAUACCCCUCAGACUUGUCACUACUUUGCGGGCCUAUUAUCACUUAAGAGUUGAAACUUUUUGAAAUGGAAUAAAUAUCUUUGAAUGAUGAUGUGGUACCAAAAGCAUGCUCACUCUUUUGGAGGAGAGGCCAAAAAUAAGUGAAAACCAAUACUUUCGUUUCACUAUAUGCUACAUAACUUGGAUGGUGACAAAUUUAUUAUUGUCUAAUUGAGUUCCCAGAAUUGGACAGGCCACAAGAGUUGCUCUCAGAAGAAAGAGUUUUCCAGCUUUUCCAAGACUGGAAACAGAAGCAUGGUAAAAUUUACAACGAUGAGAAAGAGGAAGAAAUGAGGUUGGAGAAUUUUAAAAGGAAUGUGAAGUAUAUAGUGGAGAAGAACUCAAAGAGGAAGUCAGAAUCAGAGCAUUUAAUUGGUUUGAACAAUUUUGCUGAUAUGAGCAAUGAGGAAUUUAGGCAAGUCCACACUUCAAAGAUUAAGAUGCCUUUCAACAAGAAGAACCAGACCAUUUCUGCAAAUUCUUGUGAUGCUUCUCCUUCUAAGGAUUGGAGGAAACACGGGGUUGUCACUGAGGUUAAGAACCAAGGAGAAUGCGGAUGUUGUUGGGCAUUUUCGGCGUGUGGAGCCAUAGAAGGAAUAAAUGCAUUAGUCACUGGUGAACUUAUUAGCCUUUCAACUCAAGAACUUGUCAACUGUGACACUUCCAAUAAAGGCUGUGAAGGUGGACUUAUGGACCCUGCUUUUAAAUUUGUGAUCAACAAUGGUGGCAUUGAUUCAGCUUCUGAUUAUCCAUACACCGAGUCUCGAGGCACUUGCCAUUACAACAAGUUGAACAAGAAGGCUGUAACAAUUGAUGGAUACCAAGAUGUUGCACAAGAAGAAAGUGCCCUACUUUGUGCUGUUGCUAGACAACCUGUUAGUGUAGGCAUAGACGGAAAAAGCCUUGAUUUUCAACUAUAUGCAGGGGGAAUCUAUGAUGGAGAAUGCUCUAAUAAUCCAGAUGAAUUAUCCCAUGCAGUACUAAUUGUAGGAUAUGGUUCUGACGGAGGGGUUGACUAUUGGAUUAUGAAGAAUUCAUGGGGAAAAUCUUGGGGCAUGGAGGGGUAUGCAUAUAUAAAGAGGAACACUAAUUCUCCAUAUGGGGUUUGUGCUAUUAAUUCAUUAGCUUCAUAUCCAACGAAAGAAUCGUCUUCCUCUCCACCAUCCCCUCCGGUUCCUCCACCACCUUCUCCAAAACCAAAUGUAUGUGAAGACGGCUUAUAUUACUGUCCAGAAGGUCAAACAUGCUGCUGCGGGUUAGAUUUCUAUGGCAUGUGCUUAGUUCACGGAUGCUGUCCUAUUGAAAAUGGUGUUUGCUGUGAGGGAUCAAAAUUAUGCUGCCCACAAGACUUUCCAUAUUGUGAUGUUUUAGAAGGCCUCUGCCACAAGGACUAUGGAGAUAAAAUUGGAGUUGCUGCAAUGAAGAGAAGAAUGGCCAAGUUCAAGCUACCAUGGAGUAGUGGUACUAAGGGAAUAGAAGGGAUGGACCAAACUCUUCUAUGGAAGAGAAAUCAGUUUGCAGCAAUGCGCUGAAAGAACUUACUGCAUUGCGCUGAAAGAACUUAACUACUGUUAUUAUAUAAUAACUUUUAUCAUCCCUGUCUGGUUCUUGCUACCAAAUAAAGAUUGUAGAAAAAUAUAUAAAAUUCAAAAGAAAAAAUGUAAAUAAAUCCUUUGAUUAUCUAUAUAUAUUGUGGUUUAUGUGUA